CUGUCGCUGCGCGACUGGGGCGAGAUGCAUGACUGCGUCUGCGCUAGCGGCAACAUCUCGGUGCAUGAGUACCAGAGCUGGGGAUGUUCGUACUACGACGAGCUGCCCGACCCGGCGUUUGAGGUGGCCGUCUGGCUCUCCUACAUUGUCAUCGUCCUGCUCUCCGUGGUCGGCAACAGCCUCGUCUGCUACGUGGUGAUGUCGUCGGCGCGCAUGCGCACCGUCACCAACUACCUCAUCGCGAACAUGGCGGCGGGGGACCUGCUGAUGACGGUGCUCUGCGUGCCGUUCACGUCGUCCAGCGUGAUCCUGCUGCGCCGCUGGCCGUUCGGCGAGGCCAUGUGCUGCCUGGUCUCCUUCACGCAAGCCGUGUCCGUGUUCGUCUCGGCUUUUUCGUUGAUCGCCAUCAGCGUGGACCGCUACCGCGCCAUCAUCUACCCGCUGCAGCCGCGCGUGACGCGCCAGCACGCGCGCGUCAUGAUCCUCUUCGUCUGGCUGCUGUCGGCCGGCACGUGCGUGCCGAUCGCGGUCACGUCGCGCACGUGGGUGCCGCCGUACCCGCGCUACGCGCUCAACCAGUACCAGGUGUGCCAGGAGGUUUGGCACAGCGAGGGUGACCGUCAGUACUACAGCCUCUCCGUCAUGGCGCUGCAGUACUUCCUGCCGGUGCUGGUGCUGAUGUACACGUACGGCCGGAUCGCCGUCGAGGUCUGGGGCAAGCGGAGCAGCGGCCUCUUCGAGCAGCAGGACCCGCGCGAGGCACGUCUCUCCAAGACCCGCCGCAAGGUUGUGGUGAUGAUGGUCGUCUGCGUGGUCGCCUACACACUCGCCUGGCUGCCGUACCACGUGUUCGAGCUGACCACCCAUCACUUCCCGGUCGUGUUCAGUUGGCCGAACAUCCGCAUCCUCUUCUGGGCCGUCCACGCCGUCGCCAUGUCGCACUGCUGCAUGAACCCCGUCAUCUACUUCGCGAUGAACGACAAGGGGCGCAGCGCGCGCGACCUGUCGCGCUACACGGUCGAGUGCCUCAACAUGCAGCGGCUCAACGGCACGGCCACGAGGUCCACCUGCAUGCACUCGCUCAAGUACGACACGAACGGCGUGUAG